AUGGCAUCCGCCGUCCCCGAUGGCGUGGCCGUGAAGCCUCACAAGACCAAGGGCCGCGCCCUGCACACCACCAAGACCUUCCCCGCCGGCGCCGUCAUCGCCGUCUUCACGCCGCUCCUCCUCCUGCCCUCCGUCUCGCACCUCACCACCGUAUGCUCCUUUUGCCUGCGCGGCGACGGCAAGCCGCGGCCGUGCUCGCGCUGCCGCGCCGCCUACUACUGCGACGCGCGGUGCCAGGCGGCCGCGUGGUCCGGCGGCCAUGAUCUGGAGUGCUCCGCGCUGGUGCGCGCCGUCCCGUCGGCGUCCCGGAAGCGGCGCGAGAUUCCCACGCCGGUGCGCGCUCUAGUGAAGGUGCUGCUGAGCCGCGGGCAGCAGGAGGAGGACCUGGGCAGGCGCAUGGAGGGGCUGGAGGGGCACGUCGCGCGGAGGAGAAGCGAGCCGGGCUGGGCGGACAUGGAGAUGAUGGCGAUGGGAGGCUGCGCAUUUGCAGGGUGGGAGACGAGCGAGGCGUCGGUGCGCCAAGCUGUUGAGAUUCUAUGCAAGCUGCAAACCAAUGCGUUUCAUAGAUUUGACGCCGAUCUAGGGCACGUCGGCAUCUUCCUUGAGCCCACGCUGGCCAUGGCCAACCACUCCUGCAUCCCCAACGCGUUUGUUCAAUUCGUAGGGAGGACCGCCGUCUUACGAGCAGAGUACCGCAUACAAAGCGGCGACGAGAUUGAAAUCUCCUAUAUAGACAACACGAGCUCGCUCGGAAAGCGAAAGGCCGCGCUGGCACCGUACAACUUUGAGUGCCGCUGCCGGCGAUGCACGCAGGACCUGUGCGUUUACCAGGCCAGCGCGCACUACCGCGACUUCCGGCUCAACGACGACAGCAUCCUCGGCGACGGGACCAAGCUACAGACGCACCCCGCCGUCAGCGCGCCGGACCUGCAGGCCACCGCCCGCGCCGCCGGGAACCUGCACUUCCAGCCCCCGCCCGUCGCGCUCCCCGAGCGGCGGGCCGCGCUGGAGCGGCAACUCUCCAGCUGCCGGGCGCUGGUGGCCGCGGGGCUCUGGGCGGUGACGCCACUGCCGCAGACGCUCGCGGAGCUGGCCAUCUACCACGGCGAGGCGGGCGACUACGCGCGCGCGCUGGCGCUGGCAGCGCUGGCGGCGCGCGACUGCGACCCGUACCGCUUCCCGGCGCCGUUCCACCCCUCGCGCGCCAAGAACCUUUUCCUGCUGGCCAAGCUGCUGACCAACACGGCGGCGGACACGGCGCUGGCGGAGGAGCGUGACGGCGGCGGCAAGGCAGUGCAGGUCUCGGCGCGGGCGAUGGAGACGGCAGAGGUCGGGCGGAGGCUGCGCGAGGCCCUCCGGGACGUCGACCAGGUGUCGCUCGCGCAGAUGCUGCUGUUCAUGGUGCUGGACACGGUCGCGUCGGGGCCGCAGCUGGCGGGCUGGGAGCUGGCGCAGCAGGCGCGCGAGGUGCUGGCGGGCAUCGCGGAGCUGGACGGCCGCGACAAGGAGCUCAGCCUGAUUGGUAUGUGGCGCAAGGAUCCAAAUAGCGACAGGGCGCAGGCGUUUUUCGAGUAUGGUGUCGGGCAGCAGGUUGAUAUACUCGCGGAAUUGGGCCGGGAUGUGCUCAAGGAGGAUCAUGGGCUGUAG